AUGGCAUCUCUUCCCAACUUCGAUGAUCUCCCACCUGUCAAGGGGAUGCCGCAAGGCUGUGCAUGGGGUAUCUUUGACAAAGACGACAAAAAGGAUGUUCUAGGCACUCUGAAUCUACUCACCCCAGAGGUUGUCAAGGAUGCUGUCGGGGAGGUUCGCCAAGGCGUUUGGCCUAUUGGAAGCAUCAAAAUCCCAGGAUUCUUUCGAACAAGCCUUCGUCAUAAUGUCGUGGAAUUGGAAGACCCAGCAUCUGGCAGCCACUUUGGAUUUGACGAUGAGGUCGAGUUCAAUACCCAGGCCAGUAGCCAAUGGGAUAGUUUCGCUCACUUCAUGCACCUCCCAACCGGCCUCGCCUACAACGGAGCAAAACCAACAGUCGAAGCAUUUCAGACCCCCAAAUCCGCCCAGCAUCUUCCAACACUAGACCACUGGCACCGACGCGGCUGUGUGACAGGGCGAGGUGCACUAAUCGACUUCAAGAGUUACGCGCAGAGCCAUGGGAUAAGCUACGACCAAUUCUCCGGUUUCCGGAUUGGGACUACCGAGCUAGAGUCAGUGGCUGCCUGGCAGGGGUUAACCUUCCGAGUAGGAGAUAUCCUCCUCAUCCGAUUCGGCGUGACAGAGACACUGGGUCAAAUGACUGGGGCAGAGCAGGGGGCUGCGAUGAGAAGCGGCAGGAUGUGUGGGCUAGAGGGAAGUAAGGAAAUGGCGCGCUGGCUUUGGGAUCGGCAUUUUGCCGCUGUUGCUAGUGAUAACUUCGCUGUUGAGGCUAUGCCGCCUAUCGUCGAUGGUGUUGAGCAGCCUAUCCAUGAGCUCGUGUUGCAUCAGUGGUGUCUUAGUUUGUUGGGUAUUCCGCUUGGUGAGCUUUGGGAUUUGAAGGCGCUGGCUCAUUCUUGUAGGGCUAGUAGGCAGUAUUCUUUCUUGCUGACUUCAUCCCCGUUGAAUUUCCCUGGUGCUAUCGCGAGUCCCCCUAAUGCACUAGCUAUUUCGUGA